AGAAGAAGAAGCUGAAGCUCGAUGUGUAGAAUUCUGCACUUUCUGAGAUUUUUCUUCACUUUCUUGUUGUCAUUGACAGAUUUAAACUGUUAAAAGUUAUCGGUACAAACACUAACUACGAGGAGCGGCUGGCAGCGGGGUUGCAGAAAUGAAGCUGAACAUCGAGGGUCUGCUGGUGUAUUUUCCUUAUGACUACAUCUAUCCCGAGCAGUACUCCUACAUGCUGGAGCUGAAGAGGACUCUGGACGCCAAGGGUCAUGGAGUCCUGGAGAUGCCGUCAGGAACAGGGAAAACCAUCUCCCUGCUGUCUCUCAUUGUUGCCUACCAGAGGGCUUUUCCUCUGGAGGUCACCAAGUUGAUUUACUGCUCCAGAACAGUUCCUGAAAUUGAGAAGGUUGUGGAGGAGCUGAGGAAGCUGAUGGAGUUUUACUCCAAAGAAACGGGAGAAACCAACAACUUCUUGGCUCUGGCGCUCUCCUCCAGGAAAAACCUCUGCGUGCACCCCGAGGUGAGCUCUCUGCGGUUCGGGAAGGAGGUGGACGGGAAGUGUCACAGUCUGACUGCGUCGUACAUCCGGGCUCAGCGCCACAGUAACCCCAGCGUGGCCGUGUGCCGCUUCUACGAGGAGUUUGACGCUGUGGGCCGACAGGUGCCUCUUCCUGCAGGCAUCUACAACCUGGAUGACCUGAAGGAGGUGGGCAGGAGGAAAGGCUGGUGCCCGUACUACCUGGCCCGAUACUCGAUCCUGCAUGCGAACAUCGUGGUUUACAGCUACCACUACCUGCUGGACCCCAAGAUCGCCGACCUGGUGUCCAAAGAGCUGGCCAAGAAGUCGGUGGUGGUUUUUGACGAGGCUCAUAAUAUCGACAACGUGUGCAUCGACUCCAUGAGCGUGAACAUCACCCGGCGCACGCUGGACCGCUGCCAGAGCAACGUGGACACUCUGCAGAACACCAUACACAAGAUCAAAGAGACGGACGCCGCCAAGCUGAAGGAGGAGUACCGGCGGCUGGUGGAGGGGCUGAAGGAGGCCAACGUGGCCCGCGAGACCGACGUCUACCUCGCCAACCCGGUGCUGCCGGACGAGAUCCUUCAAGAGGCGGUUCCCGGGACGAUCCGCACGGCCGAGCACUUCGUGGGCUUCCUGCGGCGCUUCCUGGAGUACCUGAAGUCGCGGCUGAGGGUCCACCACGUGGUGCAGGAGAGCGCGCCGCAGUUCCUCAAAGACAUCUUCGACAAAGUCUGCAUCGACCGCAAACCCCUCCGGUUCUGCUCCGAGCGGCUGCAGUCGCUGCUCAGGACCCUGGAAAUCGCCGACAUCGCCGAUUUCUCCGCCGUCACGCUCAUUUCCAGCUUCGCCACUCUGGUCAGCACCUACAGUCAAGGUUUUACGAUCAUCAUCGAGCCCUUCGAAGACAGAACGCCGACGAUCGCCAACCCCGUGCUGCAUUUCAGCUGCAUGGACCCGUCCAUCGCCAUCAAGCCGGUGUUCCAGAGGUUCCAGUCGGUCAUCAUCACCUCCGGGACUCUCUCUCCUCUGGACAUCUAUCCCAGAAUCCUCGACUUUCGGCCCGUCACCAUGGCGUCCUUCACCAUGACGCUGGCGCGGACGUGCCUCUGUCCUCUGAUCGUUGGGAGAGGAAACGAUCAGGUGGCUCUGAGCUCCAAGUUUGAGACUCGAGAAGACUUUGCUGUGAUCCGUAACUAUGGCAACCUCCUCCUGGAGAUGUCGGCCAUCGUUCCCGACGGCAUCGUGGCGUUUUUCACCAGCUACGUCUACAUGGAGAACAUCGUGGCGUCCUGGUACGAGCAGGGCAUCCUGGAGAACAUCCAGAGGAACAAGCUGAUCUUCAUCGAGACGCCGGACGCGGCCGAGACCAGCAUGGCUCUGGAGAAGUACCAGGAGGCCUGUGAGAACGGCAGAGGAGCCAUCCUGCUGUCCGUGGCUCGAGGGAAAGUGUCUGAAGGAAUCGACUUCGUGCAUCACUUCGGCCGCGCCGUCCUCAUGUUCGGAGUUCCGUACGUCUACACCCAGAGCCGCAUCCUGAAGGCUCGUCUGGAGUACCUCCGGGACCAGUUCCAGAUCCGAGAGAACGACUUCCUGACGUUCGACGCCAUGCGCCACGCGGCUCAGUGCGUCGGCCGAGCCAUCAGAGGGAAGACCGACUACGGACUCAUGAUCUUCGCCGAUAAGCGCUACGCCCGAGCGGACAAGCGCGGGAAGCUUCCCCGCUGGAUCCAGGAGCACAUCAGCGACGGCAGCCUCAACCUGACGGUGGACGAGGCCGUGCAGCUGUCCAAGCACUUCCUGCGGCAGAUGGCUCAGCCGUUCCGACAGGAGGACCAGCUGGGUCUGUCUCUUCUGACUCUGGAGCAGCUCCAGUCGGAGGAAAUGCUCCAGAAAAUCGCUCAGAUCGCUCACCAGAGCUGAAAGGUGAGGCGGCGGCGCAGGGUCGUCGCCACGGCAACGCACGCCUCCACCCGUUACCGACGACGGCUCCAUUUCAACAGGCGGAGCCGAGCGACCGGAACACCUGUUUUAAAAUCAUUGAUCGAGUAUUGGAGGAACAUUUUGAUCAGUCGAAGAUCAGAAAGUCAAAGUUAAUGAAACGUCUAAAAAAGUAUUUUAAGAUUUUUCUCUUGAGGAAGAAACAUCUGGAGAAGCUUCACCGGGCCUGAAGAAACAGGAAGUUCAGUCAGAAACACACAUUCAGCUGUGUUCAGACCUUAACUCAUCGCUGAGCAGCUUCCUCCAGAAGAAGACUCCUCCUGGAACCGAGCUCCACACCAACAGGAGGCUUUCGGCCAGAUUCCGUUUUCCCGUCUGUCAUACAGACUCAAACCGCGGCUCGUCUGCAGCUGUAAAUAUUCACGUUUUGUACUGAGCGGCGCCGUUUUUCUGUCUCCAUAAACGUUUUGUAGAAAACUGCUUUGCUUGUUUUCUGGAUUUUAUUUUAUUUCAUAUUGAACCAUCCGGGAAAAAGUUUGUCUCA